CUAUAUAAGGAGCGGAGGCGGCGACAGUGCUGGCUUUUUGCAAGAGAAAGGCCGGUGCGUGUGUGUGUGUGCGCGCGCGCAAUAGCUCAUCCACCCAGCACGUACUGUACCCAUCUGUUCCUCGCCGGUCUUCUUUCUCUCCCUUUCAGAAAUCGCUUUGUCUGUCGGUGAGUCUUUUUUUCUAUUAUUAUUAUUUAUCGCCAUCAUUAUUAUUAUUUGGGUCAUCAUGAAAGCCAUCAGCCCGGUGAGAUCGGUCAGGAGCUGCUACGAAGCCGUGUGCUGCCUCUCGGAUCAGAGCCUCGCCAUCGCCCGGGGAAGCAGCAAGAGCCCGGCGCUGGAGGAACCCAUGAGCCUCCUCUACGACAUGAACGACUGUUACUCCAAACUCCGCGAACUCGUGCCGGGCAUCCCGCAAGGCAGCAAAGUGAGCCAGGUGGAGAUCUUGCAGCACGUCAUCGACUACAUUUUCGACCUCCAGAUCGUGUUGGAGGAGCAGGCGAAGAAGGGCCAAGAGCCGUCGGCGGAGGAGGCGUCGCUCCUCUCUUUCAAAGCGGCAGACCUUGCAUCAGAACUCUGCUCAAAGGAUGAGAGAAACCUCUGCCACUAACCUCUCAGACUGCAGGUGUGAGAUCCUGACACUUCGCUCUCUCCAGUAAAAGAGAGAGAGAGACAGACAGAGAAGAUAGAAGAAAAAGACCUUGACUGGAGAAAGGAUCAGAUGUUUAAACCCGGUGCAUCCAGCAAUGGAGGGGGCUACUGCCUUUAUCUUCCAGAUAAACCGUGUCUGUGGAUUGUGGUCGCACAAGGCAAUUUCAAAUGCCUUGACCGGGACUUCCAAAAACAGUUUCUUCUUCUUCUUUGUGUUUUAUCUUCCAUCUGCCUGAAAACAAAACUCUGUGCAGGCCAGGAAAAAAAAAACUUUAUCCAUUCUCGAAUUAACUGUCGGAUUGCAGCAUUGCAGGAGAAAAAACUUGGGUGCCUAAAGCAAGUUUUGGGGUGGCUAUUUGGGGGGUGGGUGGGUAAAAGAAGAUGCUAAAACACCCUCAGUUCUGAGCCAUCAGAUUUUGUACUGCGCAUAGUUCAUGGACAGGAGGUCUCCCAGUGAAAUGUCGACUGCAUACUUCCACCGUGGCAACAGUUCUAUGAAAGUACGGGACAGAUCUGUGUUUUGCUUUUUUAAAACGGAAAAGCAAAGAAAAAGCGGGGGCAUGGCAAACAGAACUCUUGCAGAUAAUGCAGCCUGUGUGUAUAUUUUGGAUUAUAGUUUUUUAACAUUGAUUUGGGGCGGGGUGGAAAGUUCUUUUAAGAUUUAUGAAAACUGAACAGUCUUGGGGCUGUUUUGCCUCGUGGCUUUUAUUGUUGAACUCUAUAAUAGAGCUGAACGUGUAUUUUUGUUUUGUUUUGCAGGAAGGUGAAUUUCUGCAUCUAUUAAUUGUACUUGCUUUGUAAAAAAAACUUUUUAUAAAAGUUUCUUACAUAAUAAAUUUAAGCUGUUUUUUUUAA